ACACCCCCUUAAUCUUUGUCUCUCCAAACUGAAUAGAUUUAGUUUCUUUAGCUUUUUCACAUUCCAACCUCUUUCAUAUUUUUGUUGCUUGCUUCUGGAUCCUCUUCACUUUUUCUACAACCUCUCUACAACCUUCACUUUUUCUACAACAGAGCCAUACAAACACAGUACUAAUAUGUAAGUAAAUAUGAUGGAGAAAGCCACUUUCCUUUAUGAGAUUUCAAUUCUAGAUCAAAGGCCCAGAUUGAAAACAUACGAACUAGCAGAAAUUUGAUAUCACAACUUUAUUUUUAUAUUCUUCAAGCCAAACCUUCCUGUUCAAGAGGACAAACCAAAAAUGACAUAGACCCCAGUCCCUACAUAACUCCAGAAACUUGACUGGUAUAUGUGGUAGCUUGAUUUUUAGAUAGCAAUGUGUUUUAAGCCAAGCAUAACCCCAUGUAAAAGAAGGUUAUUAACCACAGCUGCAGUGAUUAGCUUUGUUUAUAACUCUGAAGCAAUAAGAGUAGAUUGAAUCACUCUGAAAAAAAAAUCUGUGACUUGCUGAUCAGCUCACUAAAGAGCCAAGUAUUUUCAUCUAGCAAACUUUUCUUGUCUUGAGCCUCUAGGAGAAAUCAUAGCUACCGCAGCAAGCAUCUGAGGAAUAAAAUGAUCUGCAGUGCAAGACUAAGAUUAUCCUUAUAAAAUGUUGGAUGUUUCUUUAUGGUUUGACAAAUCAGCUCCUAUUAUAUAAGAUUUUCCAUAGUAGUCUGAGUAAUACACUGGAUUUAACGGUGUAUCUUUACACUAAAGCUGUAUAGGUCUCAUCUGAAAGUUCUUCAUGUUAGGGGACUGGCAGGGUUUUGUGCACAGUGUUAUGUGAAUCUCUGAAUACCAGGUCCAUUUAGCUGCAGCCUUGGUGGGCUGUGCCUUCAGUGCAUGGAAUUGGGAAAAGAGGGAGGAAAAGAAAAGAGAGAAAGCCUGUUGUAUGCUUGACCACUCCAGCUAUGUACUUUUCUCCCAGUAGAUGCUGUUGUGCUUUUUUUUCUUUUUUUCCAACUGUUUUUCUCCCCAGAAGCAACUUUUAGUUCUAAAGAUCUGUAAGACUUCUGGCAUGCAUUCUAAAUGGUAUGGACUCCAAACUUGAAUUAUUCAUGUGUGUGAAGCCAGGACUGCCAGUAGACCACCAAUGGAUGGAUGGAAAGGACAAACUAAAGUUGCCAAAUUAUCAACAGGGUGAGACCAGCCGGAUGCUGCACUAUCAGAAACCUCACCUUGAAAUGUGAAAAAUUAUCUGCAGAGGAGUUGAAUAGCUAAAUACUGGAACAACAGCUGAUUUUUGGUUUGUUUCUUCCAACAUGACCAAUCCCCAGCCUGCAAUAGAAGGUGGAAUUUCAGAAGUUGAGAUCAUCUCGCAACAAGUAGAGGAGGAGACCAAAAGUAUAGCUCCUGUGCAACUUGUUAACUUUGCUUAUCGAGAUUUACCACUAGCUGCACUUGAUCUAUCUGUGGCAGGGUCCCAGCUCUUGUCGAAUUUGGAUGAGGAGUACCAAAGAGAAGGAUCUAACUGGCUAAAACCGUGCUGUGGUAGACGAGCAGCUGUGUGGCAAGUAUUUUUGCUCAGUGCAAGUCUCAACAGUUUCCUGGUAGCCUGUGUAGUAUUGGUGGUGAUUCUCCUGACUCUGGAACUCCUAAUAGAUAUAAAGCUUCUCCAGUUUUCAAAUGCAUCCCAGUUUGCAGGAAUUAUUCACUGGAUCAGCCUAGUCAUCCUGUCCGUGUUCUUUUCAGAGCAUGGCAAAGUAAGAAUAAUUAACUGUUCCUGCACUGGAUUUGAUACAGGAACGGAUGCAAAAGAGGUCUUUGAUGGCGCUGUGAUAAUCUUAUCCUUGGCUCCAAUGGUGGCCUCCACAGUGGCCAAUGGCUCAAGCAGUCCAUGGGAUGCCAUCAGUCUCAUUAUCACUCUGCGGAUUUGGAGAGUUAAGAGAAUUAUUGAUGCCUACGUACUACCAGUGAAAGUGGAAAUGGAAAUGGUGAUUCAACAAUAUGAGAAGGCAAAGGUCAUUCAAGAUGAACAGCUGGAAAGACUAACCCAGAUCUGCCAAGAACAAGGGUUUGAAAUUAGGCAGUUGAGAGCCCACCUCGCUCAGCAAGAUCUGGAUCUGGCUGCUGAGAGAGAGGCUGCCCUGCAAGUCCCUCACGUGCUGAACCAGCAGAGCAGCAAUAGAUAUAAGGUAGUGGCAACUGGGGACUCGGAUGAUGAAGCCACAGAGAACAUCACUGAGUUGCGGCCUGCACGAGAGGCCAUGGUCAAGGAUGAUAUGAAUAAUUACAUCAGCCAAUAUUACAAUGAGCCCAGUAGUGACAGUGGAGUUCCUGAGGCAGCUAUUUGUGUCAUUACCACAGCAGCCAUAGAUGUACAUCACCCAAACAUAUCUUCUGACCUGUUCACAGUGGAUGUGCCAAUGAAGAUAGGAAGUACUGGAACUUCCACUAGUGCCACUUCAGGGAGUGUCUCCAGAUCCACAGACAGCUCUGUAACUAGAGCCCAGAGUGACAGCAGCCAAACCUUUGGCUCCUCCACAGACUGCAGUACAACCCGGGAGGAGUCUUCUGAGUAUUGUCCCUUAGAGAGGACGGGGAACACAAGACAUGACCAAAUCGAUCCAAGGCAGAGGGUCAACAAUGCAGUAGUUCAGGAACUGUUAUCAUCCUUAUCAGAGGAUUCAUGCUUAACACAAAAAGGAUUGGAUCCAGUCAACCUCAAACUACCGACUCCAGCAGGUUCCACUACAGCCAGCCCCGAGCUGGAGCACAGAAUGAACAUUUACAACAGGAAGAACCAAGAGAGUUUUGACGUGUUCCAGAUUAAACCAGCUAUCCACUUUCAGCAGAAUGCCCCAGUGAUCGACGACAAGUACAAAUCUUUGGACUCCAAAGAGCCAAAGUUAAACAGGGUCCCAGAUUCAUAGUUCUCCACCGUAGUGUGGAAUAACAGGAGACGUUCUAAGCUUUAAUGGUGCGCUCAGAAUUACCAUUGGCUGGAUAGCUUGCUGCUUGCGUGGUUUGAAUUAACUGAAUAUUCAUAAAUGCAUGAGUUCUGAGAGCCAGCCGAAAACCAUGACAUUUCCAGGUUCCGAGGUCCUCGGGCUCAGCCCUGACAAGAGAGGAAACAUUCUGUAUUACAGAACAAUGACCUCAAAGAUGUACAGAUUCUUAAUCUUUGUUUUGCAAGGGUUUGUUUUUUUUCUAAAAUAAACAUUUUUUAUGGGACUCUGAACAACCUUCUGUCAGGUCAGGCUUCAGCAGGGUAUGAUACUCAUAAAUGUAAACUUCUUCUAAAAUUUCUUACCACCCCUUUGUACGUGAUGACAGUUGUAAAUCCCUUUGUACAAAUACUGGCAAUUAUUUUUCUUCUUCCCCAAAACUUUUUUCAAGGAGCACUUUGGGCAAUGCAGAUUAAAGAAAACAAAAUAUC